UAAUAUUUAGGUGAAAAGUAUGGCUGUCAUCGUUGUGAUUUUUUGCUUUCUUUUCUUCGGUUGAAUCUAACCAUAAUUGAGCUCAACCCUUUCAAGAUCUUUCAUGUCUCUGUUUCUCUAACCACUGAACGUAAACAACAACCCCUGGAAAGACAGAAAACUUUCUGUGUGAUUACUGGGUUAUCAGUAGCUUCCACAAGUACCAGAAACUGUCGAAGAUCCCAUUAGGGUGGAAAAGGUGAGCUGAUAAUGCGCAGCUAAAAGUCCGUCUGCUAAAAACAGUACUUUGAAAAAACUGUUUGUGUCUUAGUCGUAAUUCAUUCAGCUCUGGAGUGGUGUUGUGUAGUUAUGGGUGAAUCAAUGUUUGCUGCCACAAGUUACGAAGAUAAGAUAGGAGGCACAGCUGCCUCAGAUCCUGCUCUUCAAGUAUCAGUUUCAUUUGGUAGAUUUGAGAAUGAUUCUUUGUCUUGGGAGAAAUGGUCGUCCUUCUCACAGAAUAAGUACUUGGAGGAAGUAGAGAAGUGUGCCACUCCUGGAACUGUAGCUGAGAAAAAGGCCUACUUUGAGGCCCAUUACAAAAAGAUUGCUGCUAGAAAGGCUGAGCUAAUUGCUCAGGAGAAGCAAAUGGAACAUGAAUCAUCGAUGGAAAACAACCAUAACAUUGGAGAUCUAACGGGCAAGAAUGGCCAGACGGGUUCCAGCUUUGAUGUGUCCGAUGGCCAAACUUCUGCUGAAGGGAUUAGGCACGAAAGUAAAUUGGAUAAUGAGCGGGAUGGUGGCCAUGUUGAUGAGCCUUAUGAAGACGCUGCAAUUGAUGUACAUGGUCAAGCGUCAUUGAGUGGGCUCUAUGAAGACGCUGCAAAUGAUGUACAUGGUCAAGCCUCAUUGAGUGGGCUCUAUGAAGACGCUGCAAAUAGUCAAGCCUCAUCGAACGGGAGAGUGAAAGAAGAACUGGACAACAAAUUAGAUAGCCCCGAGUCAACCAAGCUGGAAGAAUUGGCUUUAAUAAAAGAGGAAAAGGGAUAUCAAGAUAUGAGGGAAUUGCCAAAGAACUCAGAAAAAGAGAUGGAAAGCAUCCUAAUGAUCAAAGUGGAAAAAGUGAAGUUCGAUCAUCAAAGGGGAUCUUCAAAGAUUAUUCCAACGAGCAAAGUUAGAGAUAUAGCAGGGGCAAAGAAGAAAGCAGAACCACUUGUAACUAAACAGCCACAAAUUUCCAUUCCGAAGGCCUCAAAGCGUGUGCCAACUUCUAGUUCACUGUCUGCAUCACAGUCUUCCACGAAGAAAUUGAAUGGCUCAUUGUUACCAAGGAGCAAAAAUCCUCCUCCUGGAGGGAACAAGAAAGUGACUUCUAAAUCCUUGCACUUGUCUCUGACCAUGGAUCCCUCAAAUUCUGAGCCAGAUCAUCUUAUAACUACUAGAAAAUCAUUUAUUAGGGAGAAAAUGGGGGAUAAGGACAGUGUCAAAAGAGCAUUCAAGACAUUCCAAAACAAUUUUAGCCAGUUGAAAUCUUCUGCUGAAGAGAGAGCUAUUAGAGAAAAGCAGGUCUGUCACCUGGUGCCUGCCAAAGGGACAGAUGUUAAGGUUUCCACAUCAAUGACACCACGAACGGAGAAUAUGAUGUCUCUCAAAUCCAGUCGGGUGGAUAGGAAAACUGCUAAGCUGGCCCCAUCUUCUUUUGUCUUGAAAAGUGCUGAAUGGACAAAGAGAAGGAACGAGUUUUCCAUGAAAUUGGAAGAAAAAUCUAAUGCUAAGCCGGCAAAGAGCACACAACUUCGAACAAAAUCAAAGGAGGAAAAAGAGGAAGAGAUUAAAAAGCUAAGACAGAGCUCUAAUUUCAAACCCACGCCAAUGCCAGGUUUCUAUACAGCACAGAAGGCAUCGAAAAGCCCAUUAGAUAAGGAGGGUUCCAAGACGCUUCGGAUAUAGAGUUACGCACAAUCUACCAGGAAUGAGAUGCAAAGAAAUUUUUCUCCAAGAAACAGUGGGUGAGGCCUGAGGGGUAGUCCAUUCACAUUGGAGGCUGCAUGCAUAUAUUUCUAGACGAUGAUUGUACCUAUGGAGUGGAGGAAUUGCUUUCCAGCGAGGAACCCUGUAUAUUGGAAUUGCAACCAGAGAAACCGGAUAUCAUUAACCAUGCUGUCUAGAUAGAUGGGAGAUUAGUUGUGUGACAGAAAACGGUAAGAAGUGAGCACUGCCCUGUUUUUCACUCAUCAACUUUGGAGGCAUGGAUGUAGGACGUAGAAGUAAAAAUAAAUAAAUUGUUGUGUGAGAUCAAAAGUAUCAAAUCGGUAGAAAUGCAUGGAGGCCCUGUAAUAGUUUGUAUAUAUUUACUUUUAUUUGUGAUGGUACCGUGCUCUGCUUUUGUAAAGAUGUAUUUUCCAGGCGUCUUGUCCUGCAAAUUUACACACCAUGAGGUUCAACAGGCCGCCUGCAGCAUUAUUUAAUGGGAGCUAACAAAAAUAUUCUACCAUAUGGGCAAGAAGUAGAUUUUAGCCAUAUCAACCAAGCCUGCUGCAUCGAAAUCCAAGCUCCAACUACUCUUCAAUUCUUGCAUUGCAAGCAACUGUACAUAUUUCUAAGCUUUGUAUUUCUGUCAUUCAUCAAGUCAAAGAAGGAAAAUUUCCUCCAGUCAAGGGCAAUGAGAAAGGAAGGCGAUAACUGAUACACUCCCGUAUUUCCGCUGUCCAAUAUUCUAUUCAAACUGGUAAACUUACCCAGUAGAGUGCUUUGUUUCUCACUCAAUUGCAGCAUGGAAUCCUCAUCUGUAACCGAAAAUAACUGCGCUGUUGUGUGCUCAUGAUUCCAUUUCCAUGAGAGAAAUCGAGUGUUUUCCUCGUCU